UCCAAAUGCCGCCAUAUUGAUUCACGGAUUGAGCUGCAUUGUGGGUUACAGGCUGGGCUACCAAGUAUAAACAUGGCGGACGUGAAGACGUUUUUCACUAUCAGAGUGACAUGCUUUUUUGCUUUGAUUUUGAGGAUUUUCCUUAUCGCUUACGGCGAAUGGCAAGACAAGAACAUGGUGGUGAAGUAUACGGACAUCGAUUACCAUGUCUUCACGGACGCUGCACGCCACAUGGUGGAAGGCAACUCGCCAUAUUUGCGACCGACAUAUCGCUACACUCCUCUACUUUCUCUUAUCCUAACUCCAAAUAUUACUCUACACAUGUCUUGUGGGAAAGCUCUAUUUGUACUAUUCGAUGUGCUAGCUGGAUAUUUAUUAUAUAAGAUUCUUUGCGUAAGAGGCUGUGCUGAUCGCCGGGCUGUUUUUGCGUCAUGGCUAUGGUUCUUCAACCCGCUUCCUUUAACCGUAUCGUCCCGUGGAAACGCGGAAUCCUUGAUGGCCGUGUUGGUCCUUGCGACUAUCUACUUCGUCCUUGUCAAAAACAUUUCAAUGGCUGCCAUACUUUUUGCACUUUCUGUACAUUUUAAAAUCUAUCCUAUUAUUUAUAGCUUACCGCUAGUUCUACUUGUGGGCGAUAGUCUUUAUAGCUGCAAAACAUCUGAAGUGCAUAAACUGAAAAAUGAACGGAAUUCGCAUGGAUACGUUCGUCAAAUGCUUAUGUUUAUAUUUCAUCCUCACAGAGUUAAGUUUGCAGUCAUUUCUGCAGUAACCUUUUUGGGAUUAACUGGACUACUGUAUAAAAGGUAAGGCUCCUUGAAAUCUUUACCUUUUAAGCCCUUUAGGGUGCUGGAUAUAAUAGAGAGCUGAAGGAAAGGCGUUUUUGAGUGACACUUGUCAACCAAAAGUGGACCUUUUACAUCUGGGGCAGUGGUUUUGCCCAAGUUUUCAGGCAAAUCUUGUCUCUAUAAGAGUAGAUACAAAUCUGGGAUUAACUGCAGAAUACCUGGCCAUUUCGAAGCUAUGCUCCUAUAACAGUGGCUACAUGGCUAUGGGGCUAUGUAGAAUACCUGGCCAUUUCAAAGCUGUUACCCCUCGCGUAGCCACAUUGCUGCGUGCCCCAUGGGUUUGGGUUUGGGUUACGGUUACGGUUAGGAUUAGUGUUAGGGUUAGCGUUAGGGUUGGCGGAACUUAACAUCACUGCAGCCACAGUUCCCAUCUGCAGAACACCUGCAAACAGGACAAACCCGAUUGGCUAACGAUUAGCCAUGUUGCCGCAUAGCCACGUAGCCACUGUUAUCGGGGUAUAGCUUCAAAAUGGCUGGGUAUUCUGCAGUUACUCCCAAAUUUGACACUGGCAAGGCAUGUUAAAAUGUAAUUCGAAACUAGUUGAGGGGUUGGAUCACCUACAUAAAGGGCUGUAAUUUCUACUCUCCUCAUUCUUCCUCAGUGAUACAAUCAAAGAUGGUAGCCACAGUGUUGCAAACAUAAACAAGCAACUUAUGCGCCAAUCAAUUUAAAACUUCGACAUCCCCAUGGUUGAUCCCCCAGGGCUUUGAGCUUUUUAAAAUAGCCCUGUUCAAAUUCCCCAUCACUGUACAUUAGCCCAAUGUAGUGGUCAAAUAGCCCUCCCUAAGAAGAAAUGUUUUGCAAUUUUCCAGAGUUCACAUAAUGUUUACUGCUAAUUGAACUACAACAAUUUAGCACUUGAUCUUGGUUUCAUCGAUUAUACCUUCAAAAAUGCACAGUUGUAGCUUUUGACGUCCUUACCAAACAAGCUGUUUGUUUACCUUUAUGAUCCUCCAUCUCACCAUGUGAAAGAUUGCAUCUAUUGAACCACAUUGUUAGACCUGCAUCAUCUGAAAGAAGUCAACUUGACACUUCUGGUUCAGAUUACCCACCCCAACCAGGUUAUGGUCAAAUUCCCCACUCACAAUUGAUGGUCAAAUUCCCAGGGUUUGCCAGGGGGGAUUUGGAAGUUUCAAAUAGGUUCACCCAGAAAAAACAUCUGCAUUGCAGGCCAGCUUUUGAGUGUCUCAGCAUUAUCUUUUUUCUACAGGUAUGGUUUCGAGUUUCUUGAGCACACAUACCUUUAUCAUGUCACCAGAAAGGAUGUGAAACAUAACUUUUCAGUGUAUUUCUACAUGAUGUACCUGGUUGAAGGUUCAAGAUGGUCAGUUGUCCUCGGUCUGGCUUCCUUCAUUCCUCAGCUUGUUCUGACAGUUGUGUUUGGUAUUGUGUAUUAUCGUGACAUUUCUUUCUGCUGCUUUGUGCAAACAUUUGCAUUUGUUACCUUCAACAAAGUUUGCACAUCACAGGUAAGAUAGUGACAAGCAAAUAUCAAACAUGAGAAGCUGAGAAGAGAUUUCUCAAAAGUUUUGCAAACCCUUGGAUUCUUCUGGGGUUCACAUAACUGUUUUGAAUUUCCUCAACACCCUCUCAUGUUUAUAAUAAUAAUAAUUAUUAUUAUAAUUAUUAUAUUAUUAUAAUUAUUAUAAUUAUUAUAAUUAUUAUAUUAUUAUAAUUAUUAUAUUAUAAUAAUAAUAAUUAUUAUUACUAUCAUUUUUCAGUCUCAUUUCUGUAACCUUGCUGUAUACCUUAUUACAUGCAAAUUGAACACUAUUUUGCAUUUCCAAUGUUAGCAGUUGCACUUAUAUUGAAUUUCCUAGUACAAAAAUAAUUAUUAUUGUACUAGAAAUGCAACUUAUGGGUAGUUGCAACUUAGCCAACACCGGCCACCCAAGCAAAGUUAUUCUUUUUCUUUGCAGUAUUUCCUGUGGUACCUGUGUCUUUUGCCACUUGUUGUGGAUUCAGUAAGCAUGACAUUACGCAGAGCAUUACUUCUCACUGUGACAUGGUUUGUUAGCCAGGUAGGUGAUACGAUGUUCAGCUUUAUCUAGAAUUUUCUCAAGUACUGUAUGAUGUCACAAAAGCACAGCUGGCUCUAUCAAAUGCUUAUAUCUAAAGACAGAAUAACCUGUACAUUUCGUUUGUUGCAUGGGCAAUAAAGAAAGUAAUUAUUUGCUGGGAGAUACCUGCAUACAGACUAAAUAGAGAGUUCUGGGGUAGGUGUUUGUAAAAGCCAUUAGAGCCCCAGAUUAAGAGAGAAGUACUCAAAAUCAGAUACAGACUCAAUAAGAUUCAAGAUACAGUUGAAUCUUUUCUUUCCACCACCUUCCCCCCUACCCCCACCUCAUUAUGUCCACUAUAAACAAUUCUCUUGAUCUUAGACAGGGGCAGAUCUAGGGGGAGGGUGCAGGGAGUGCGCACCCCCCCCAGAUGACCUGCGGUUUUUUAAUACAACUGGUAUCCUGUAAAAAAAAAACUAUGUGGUUUAUUGAUGUUGAAGUAGAGCAAGAGACGAGUGCACCCCCUCUUAAAAAAAAUCCUGGAUCCGCCCCUGUUAGAGACACUUAACUUUGUACAAACUCUAUCACUAUACAUUGGAACCUCUUUAGACCUUGUUAUGGUUUUCGAUGCCAUCUUGACGAGUAGGCAAAUGUGUGAGAAAUUGCAGUGUUUGUGUAAGAAUCUAAUGUCGAAUAAUCUCUGUAAAAUGGCCGUUCUGAAAAAACUAUGACUUGUAAACUAAAGCUACAAAACAAAGGAUUGUACUAAAAAAUUUGGGGGGCAUACCUCUGCUUAAAUCUCUCCAGAAGCUUUCUUUAGAUUUUCCAUAUAUUUGUCUGUAGUUUUUUCCAGGACUUUCUUACAGACAAAUGUAUAGAAAAUUUAAAAAAGUGGUUCUACAUGUAGGUCUUUUAGCGCAUGUAACCCCCUCAUUUUUUCAGUAGAAUCCUUAGGAAUGAAGCUUUAGUUUACAAUUGAUAUUUUUUUCAGAACAGCCGUUCUGUGGAAAUUAUUCAACAUUAGAUUCUCAUACAAACACUGUAAUUUUCAACGCGUUUGCCCACUCGUCAAGAUGGCGUCGAAAACCAUGACAAGGUCUUUUUCAAGGUACACACUUGGAACCAAUCAAUGGUUUGUCUUGUCUCCACAUAUUUUAUCCUAAUAAACUGUUCUUUUCUUCUUGUCUAUGUUAGGGCCUCUGGCUGAUUGCUGCAUACUACUUGGAGUUUGAAGGAAUUAAUACAUUUGUGUUUGUUUGGGCUGCAAGUGUAGUGUUUUUCGUUGUCAAUGUUGUGAUUUUACAUCAGAUUAUUCAACAUUAUAAAAUGAACAGAGCAGUAAAAAAAGCAGUGUAAACAGUUCAUUUGUCAAUUUGUGGUGAGAAUUUGAUGAACAAGAAUACUUGAAAACUUACCAAUGAAAGCUUGUUGUGUUGUUGCCUUCUGAGCUUUGCAUAUUUGAUGUUAAACCAACUAGGGAGGGAAAUUCAUGAACUGAUUUACAUUUCUCUUUUUUAUGUACCGAUUUUGUUCUUCUUUUGCAUAAUCUUUUUUGUUUCUUUCUCUCUUUUCUUUUUCUUUUGGUUUUUGAAAUUUUGGUUUGUAAAAACACUUUGUCAGUGAUCCUUACACCCAUCAAAAGAAAGAGUUUUUUUUUAAGUUUUUCAAGUGGGGUGGGAAGAAGGGGUUGGCUUUAAGUAGAAGAUUUCCUUGUUGGUGUAUUCUUGAUGGAAACCAAAAAAUGGCUCCUGUAACCCUAACUGCAUUCCAAUUUUGCACUAACCCUCGGUUAAUUUAACCCAGCUUUGGACAACCCGGGCCGGAUUUGAAUUAUAUCUAGGGGAUUUUAGAAGUUACAGGAUAUAAUAGUUUUACCAUUUGUUGCACUACUCCUGUCUGUCAAUCGAAUUUUCGGCAGCCUUCCUGCGCCUGCGCUCUUCUCACAGCAACCACGCGUGACGUAGACGGUUUUGUCGAUUAUUGCGUCGCGCGCCAAGAUGCGAUCCCUAGCAACAAGAAAACAACAAAACUGUGAAUAGAAAACACGAAAAAGAGCAUGUUCUUGGUAGGAUAGCAAAAAUGGACGUCAACGAUCCUUUAGACAAUUUAGACAAGCUUCGCGGUAAGAUCAUUUCCCGUAUAACUUUCUUCCCUUUUUCUUCGUUUGUUCAAACGCUUAAGCUUACUUUCCGCAAAUGUUUUACUUCUCUACUUUCAUCAGGAAUUCCAAGCGAAGAACUCUUUGAAAAACUUUUGAGCGAUUCCGCUUUUGUUGAGUAUUUGAAUACGUUCCUUUCGCUUCCGGUAAGUAUUAAUUAAACAACAAAUGACACAAAGUAAUUGACUUUUUAGCGAUGAUCGUUAAAAGCGAGUAACAAAGCAAAGUUUUCUUUAGUCAAAUCAUCUUAUUGCAAGCAAGUGAGUGCGAAGCGCGCGAAAAUUAUUUUAACUUUUUAAGAUUAUUUAUGGUGGCUUUCCAUCAUAGGAGACCGCCCUAUAACUCGGUAAAAACUAGUGGAACAAACUAAGGAAAAUGGAAUGAUACCAGGGAGUUCAAGGAACCGCGACCUCGACGGAAACGAGAAUGUCAAAAAAAAAAAAGGUUAAAUGACCAAAACAAAAACCCUGCACGUGCACCAUUCGUUUUUGUACAUUUCUUGUCCAUCACUGCACGACUAUAAUCAUAAGUAGAAAACCCUCCAAUGUGACGCAUUGUAGAGAACUUAGACACUCGACGGCAAAGUUUUCUUUUUCUUUUUAAGCUUCGAUCUGCUCCCUAAAAAUUCAAAUCCAGGAAAACUCGCUUCCAUUUAACCAAUUGAACCAGCUGAAAUAACCGCCAUAAAUUUUAAAAGAACGCCAAUGCAUUUUAUAAAUGACGUGCUGGUUGCUUCAAAUUCCUGUUGUUCUAUCGAAACAAACUCAACCUGAAAAGUUUCUGAACCGAUCAAAGCGUUCCACUAAAGUUUUGACCGGAAUUUCGAUUUAUUCUCUGUGAGCUGUGAUUGGAAAUCAAAAUUAUGAAAAUGGAAAGGUGAGUUUCGUUUGCACCGGACCGACUGGCCAAAAAGAACCAUAUCUGGAGGCAAACCACCUUUUCCAGGCCGAAAUGUUAGUUAAUGUUUCGACCGAAAUUUUCAGAAAUUUUUGGAAAUAGGUGAUUUUAAUUUGUAACAUAUAGAAUGAAAUCGGAAUCGGAAACGCAAUGGAAGAUGGUCAUAGUUUCGUGUAGCCCGGCUGCAAUACGGUGUUCCUUCUUUGUUAUGUAAACUUUUAGGGCCAAAUAUUCAAACGAAGUCUAACUUAAGCCGCGGUUUAACGAAUCUUUGAACCUCCACAUCUCUUCUUUGAUUGGUUGUUUUAAGAAGAUAAAUGCUUUUUUUUUCUUCUGUAUGCUUUCAUAAAACUGUUCACAGUAAAUGAUGUUUAGAUAAAAUCGUUGGGCAAAUUGAAAAUGACUUAGAGCGCGGUUUUGUUAAACACUGCAUGGCUGAGCUACGUUUAAAUAUUUGGCCCUUAUAGUUUAUCCUAUAUUUUUUGCCUUAUGGGUGAAAUAUUGCACAGUCACAAUUUUGCCCAGUGAAUUUCCUAAACAGUGGCAUAUUCACCACAAGAUCAAUAAGCGGAUUCACUUUCUUCGUAUGAUUGGAACACCGAUUCAUGACUUGAAAAAUGAUAAUGUGGUUUUAAAAAUGUCUGGAUUUGUUAUGGACGGAGCCUUAGAUAAAUUCAUCUUCAUCUUUAGUCGAUAUGAUGAAGUUCGGUUUUUUUCACUCGGAGCCGUAUUAUCCCAUUGGGGUGGACUUAGGAGAGACAUGAAAGACCGUGACGUCCAUAGUUGAUAUUACGACUAUCCACACUGAUCUAGUGCCCAUGGUAAUGGAGAGGAGAUGUCGUUACGUCAGAUUGCCAUGGAAGCAAAAUUUCUGAAUCUCAGCAAACCUUGGUUCUGCAAAUAUGGCGGAAAAAACGAAAAAUUGACAUGUUUGAGUUUUCUAUUCAUGACUGCACUCAGGUAAGAAAACAGUAGCCAAUGCUUUUCUUUCAUGGUUCGACAAUGCAAAUGGCCGUCUCUGUCAAGAAAGAAUGUUGAGAUCCAGAAAUCUUGCUACAAUGGUAACCUGACGUCACACUUCUCCUCUCUAAACUAGACCAACUACGAAACACGUGAACAAACUCUUUCCCACCUUCGUCCUUUCCAAAACGGAUAAUGCAUCUUGAGAAGAAAACGGUCAUUGUCACAUCCCUGAAUGUCAGAUCGAGUGAGUUUCUGUUAUGGCUCUUUUUUCACUCGGAGGUUAAAACAUGGCUGUUACCAUAGUGUCACAGAACGGCCUUCGGUGUUAUUUGUUUGAAAUGUACAUUUGCUUUCAUGACACUCUUGACAGGUGUUUGGUAAACGAUUAACUUACAACCCAGCAGAGGAUAAUUUCAGCAUCGACCCUCCCCCGCCACGGACAUGUUAUGUAAGUAAUGACCAAGCCUAAAUUUGUAAUAAGUUCUCCGUACAGACUUAUUAUGCGUCAUGGAAAGACAAGUUUUGGAAGAAUACCGUGACUGCCUUGGAUGCCGAUAGGCGUGCCGAGUGUCAAAAUGCGGCAUAAACCGCCACCAUCGUAGCCCGAUUCUCAGACGUCCGAGGUCUUUCGCGCCCCUUCGAGGGAGAGAAGCGAAGGGGCCGCGAGCGACCUCGGACGUCUGACAAUCAGGCUACCAUCAUCGUGGGAAGACGUAACUUUGACGUCAAUUCACUGAUCGCAAUGAACUAGCUGACAGGCGAAUUAAAAGCUCGCUAUUAGUAACAAGGGUGGCGAUGCAUAGUACAGUAACACAAAAGCGCAGGCCCGAAAUUAUGGAUGAUUUCGGGCUACGAGCUACGGGCUACGGGCUAAUUGUGUAUCAUGGUAGAAUAGAAUAGUAUAAAUUGACAAGUAAACUGUUUUACGUUAUAGGUAGCCUAUUUCCCUCUCUGCAAUGAUCUAGUAACUUGAUUAAGGCUAUACAUUCUAAUUUCUUUUCUUUCUUGAUAGCACCUACCACAUUAUCGAGUGAAAAAGUGGGUGAGAAAGGAAAGGCUGCGCCUUUUCUGGAAAACAGAUUUGUUCCUUGAGUACCUGUUAUAUGUCCAUCUUGAGAAAGCUGCUGGCUCAUCAGGUUAGCUACGCUACCCGCUACUAACAAAUGCAACCUCGGGAGAUGAUCUUUCAUCUAUAAGCUAUAUGCUCACAGUAAAAUGCCGCUUACAGGUGAUGUUACACGGGACGAUUCGCAACAACGAUUUUGAGCGCAACUCAGCGUAGCAAUAUUGGAACAUUGUUGCAGCCAUUCGAGACAAUGUCGCAACAAUGUUGUAAUGCUGUGUUGCGCUUAAAAUCGUCGAUGCGAAUCCUACCGCGUAACAUCACCCUAUAAGCCCUGGCUUAUACGUCUUUGUAGGGGGGCGGCGAGGGAGGGGGGGGGGGGGGGGUAAGAGGGCUUAUCAACCUAGGGGUAUCUGGGGGAGCUCAUAAGCGGCAGUUUUGGUGCUGUAAAGCGUAGCGGUUUCUAAGCAGUUACGUUUGGAAUAUUUUAUAGAAGCUGAACAUUCUGGUCUAGUAAAGGGUACAAGAAACAGAUGAAGGAUUAAACUACAGCACGAUUCGUACAUCAAGCCUACUGUGAUCCACCUCAACACUAACCUGCGUACGUGCGUAAAAUUUACGUUCGCAAAUAAAAUAGAGGAAAUGCAUGAAAGGUCGCUCGUAAGCGUAAAAGUUGAACCUCGCUCAACUUCACGUUUAACCUCAACACUUUAUGUCUUGCCUCUUUUUUAUUUACUGGCGUGAUUAAAAGUUACGUACGUUAACGUUCGUCACCAAAAAAGCGUCAGUGGACAUCAGCCUUAACGGUUUGCGGUGAUACCGGUUGGCGGGAAUUUUUGUUUCAACCUACAAUAUUGAGGUUGUACAAGAUCAUAUGGCUUGCUGUUAUGACAAAUUUUGGUAAAUUUUGUUUUUUGUUUGUUUUUACUUUUUUGAGCGGUUCUGCGUUUACGCCCUCCUUUGAUCCCAACACACUAACCUGCAAUACUUGUGCCCAAAUGUUCCUUUCGGCCUUUGCAAUAACUCCCGCGGGGAGUACAAUGUGCUCUGAAAGUUCUUGGAUAUACAGUGAAACCUCGAUAUAACGAAGAGCCAAGAGACUGACAGCUGAACAUGUCCUCUAUAAGGAGGUUUCGUUUUAUCGAGUUUUUUUUUUUCAUGUAUUUCACUAUUACUGUGGUAAUGAAAAUUGUUCGUUAUACCGAGGACUUCGUUGUAUAGAGGUUCCACUGUACUAUGAAACCCCCACUCUAUACCAAAAUAUGCAAUUCUUAACCACAUUACAUUCAGCAAAGGUGAAUCUUCUAAGUGGGCAUGUACCCAACUUGAAGUGAAACGUUUUUUACAAUACUGUAGUUGUUUUAAAAUUUGCAAAUUGCAGUAAAUGAUUGCUGUUGCCGUGUACAGAACAUUUGGUUCGAGCCAGGUGGCUCAACAGUCUCAUUCUUGGAUUCUGUGUAAAGGAAUUGUUCUGAAUUUCAACCGCUUGUAAUUUAAGCGUGCAGAGGCUUUGUGAGAUUUGAAAUCUCUUUACUUCUUGCAGGUACCUCAGUGGACCUUGAUCAAACAAGAACCUAUCUGGGUACUGUCGAGGGAAUGCGCACUUUUCAUCGUUUCCUGCGCGGUACUUCAGGACAGAAAAUCUUGCUUUUUUGGAUCGAAGCAGAGCGAUUCCGUAGGGUGACAAAAAAGGAGCACAGGAGGUUCGUUUUCCGCGAUAUUCAAGCCAAAUAUCUACGUAGUGGAUCCCCCAGGGAACUUCCUGAGAUCAUGAAAUGGAUCAGCAUAUGCGGGGGAACGCCCGACUUGGAAAGAAAAUCUUCUUUUAAAUUUCCGAAAAGUGUUUCUAGACGAAUGUACCUCUCCGAUGCUUCGAUAUUUUCAGGGAACGUUUUUAUACCCGGACAGAGGAUGGCUUUGGAGCGUUUGAUAAGUUAUUGGGUUCCCAAGUACAUAGAACACAAGAAACGUCUUGAGAAAUUUAUAGAAGAAAAACGCUGUGGUCAAUCUGUGUUUAGACCAGAGAUCAGACGAUUCUCGCCGGUUCGAAAAGUUGAGCAAGAAAUCCCACUUUCUAAAACAAAAUCUCCAGAAGAGAUCGACGAAUUUAUGGAAGCACAGCGCGUUUCUUCAACAGAGAGUGUCACAGAAACGGAAGAGGAAAUUCGCGCGAGGAAGUUGGAAGAAUGGAAGAGGUGGUUCUGGGAAGGUGUUGAUUACAACCUUACCGGAAGUGACGAUCAGGUCGAGCCACCUGAUGAUAUGCCGUUGGAACUGCGUCGGUUGGGAGGGGUGAGCUAUGAAUAUUAAUUCACUAGAAAGUGGCUCCUUCCUCCGCAGAGGCUACCGCUGUGUAUUCCAAUAAAAUUAGCAAUAAUUACAGAUUGUAAUAAUAAUAAUUAAAAAAUACUAAGCGCGCGGGAGAUGGGAAGAGGGAAAAGGCGGGAGCCUCUCUUCCUCUAUUUUCCCUUCCCAUCAUACCCUGUGCGCUCUCAUUUUUCCCUCUCCCCAGUCUCCCGACAACACAAAGAGGCCUCUUCGGAGGAGAAAGAGAAGGUAGGAAGGUAGUCUAACAUAAAGAAGAUCCAAGGAGCUAGUCUUUCCCUAAAAAAAGAUCUCUGUCAAUAGGCCUUAUUUCUAAACUUCAUUCUUUAAUCAUCAUUGAACAUCCCGUUUGUGAUGUUUUAGCUGCUCCUACAAAAUAUUUUUCAUGGGCUUUCUGUUAACCGGGAACGCGAUUCUUUUUGGUACCUCGCUUUGAAAUUAGCCCCUCACCUUUCCUGUCGGACGCAUUCCUAAGUUGAAAUUGCUACUACAUGUAGUUAUUGAUAUUUUAGUAAAAUCCAACUAGUGGUCUAUCAUCAAUGCUACUACUAGGCUAUAUGUUAUAGCCCACUAGUGGCGAAAAGCGCCGGCUUUUUGGCGGCAGAAAAGGAUUAAGGCUUUAACUGGCUAAAAGUUUUUUAUUCUCGAUAUUUUUUACCAACUAGUUGGAUUUUACUAAAACAAUUAUUCCUCUCGCCCUCAUGGCCUCUGAGUCAAUAGCCCAUUCGGCCUUCAGCCUCAUGGGCUAUUGACUCAGAGUCCAUUCGGGCGAGAGGAACAAUUGUUAAAUAUCCUCUUUAGCAUUCAAUUGCAAUAAAACACUGUUAACUAUUGAAUCGCAUCAUUUGUUCACAUAGCAUACAGGUGGAGUUUUGCGGUCUCUUUUAAACUCUCAGUGAUAAAAAGCUGACUGCGGUUUUCUUUCUUUCUGUCGUCCUUUUGACGUACAUUAGAUACGCGAGGCCCCACCUUCAAGUCCAGUUACUCCAGAACCAGAUGACGCUUCUUUGAACGCUAUUGGCGAAGAGGAAGAGAACGAAAUGUUUCCAGAUUGGCAGUCAUUGGAGGCUGGAAGGGAGAGGAUUGUGGAAAACAGCCUUUCGUUUCCCAACCCACCAACGUCACGUCCCAUCACACCCCUCGAGGAAAAGUCUAUAUCUGAACCCGCAUUUGCAACUGCUGACUUCAUGAGGUGGCGAAGGGAAGAAGAAAAACUCGAGCAGAGUAGGGCAUAUUAUUAAACGGAGUUGCCUAGAUGCAUGCAAAAUUAUUCAUUAAUUAUUUUGAGCACUUGUCUCAAAUUAUUCUGUUUUUGGAACUUCGCUAUGCAAUUGCGACGCAGUCAUCGAAAACGAAUUUGCCGGUUACAACUCCUUGGAUAAAGUUGAAAGUUUACCUCGAAAAGUUCGCUGUUAUUUGACCUUCAAUAAAAUAAACAAUGAACUUCUACUUAAGCUGAAACAUCGGACGACUAAAAAUUUGCAAAGCAGCAUAAAAUUUCAUUCUUUGGUUUAGUCUUUCGACAUUGAUAUGUUAGGUUAUUUCCAAAAAACCAUAACAGUCGAUAUGCGCUUAUUAAUAAACAUGAUUUAUAUCCAUUGUUGGUAGCACACCAGGGUUGGUGGGAGAAGAAUACGUAUGGAAACUUUCAUUCGUUAAUCGGAUCGUUUGCUGGAGCUGCAAUGUUUGCCAAGCUGCAAUGUUCACCGAUGGAGCUUGUGUCGGUCAAUUCUUGUUACAGUUAGUUAUUCACUACCUGAUGUUUUUUUUUCUGUGUCGAUGAAACAGAGGCCGCUGAGAAAAAAGAAGCUUUGGAAGAAGAACGAGUCAGCCUUCCUAAACUGCGACCUCCUUACGCGCAAAUCCCGUCAUCAGCUUCAACGAAGCUUAAGACCGUGUAUGAGGCACUGGCAUCACAACAAAGCCUUAUGACAGAGGAACUUUAUGAAUCAUCACCAGAAAGUUCCUCUCCAUUUAGGUCGUUAGAAGGUAGGUAUCAAAGAACACGCGUUGUCUACCUUUAAAUCCAUUAGCUCUUAAACGUUCUACAAACUACGCGAAAAGAUAGCAAACUAUCCAAAACUUAGAGGUUAUCUUAUUUUUGUCCCUGCUGUUUGGUUUCUAGCCUGAAUUUCAGCCGCCUUGUCGCGACGCUCACUCCCGAGAAAGAUAGCGACCUCAGGAGAUGGCUUAAACUCAGGCCAUUUGGUCUCCGGCACAGGCAUGAAGCAUUUUAUUUUAUUUUAUUUUCUAUACUUUUUAUUAACCGUGAUUUCUAUAUUUUGAUUUGGCUUGGCUUUUAUUUGACUAAAUUUCAAUGGAAAAAGAGAAAGUGAAAAUAGAUAGGGAUACCACAGGCCUCCCGUCCAUAGAAAAUAGAGUACACCUGUGCACGAACAUUUGAGUCCAGUCUCUCAGAACAGUUAUAGAUGUAAAUACAUGUACAUGGAGUUGCAAAGAAUAUAAAAUAAAUAGGUUGCUGUACAGUAAUAAAAUAUGCUUUUAACUCACGCAAUGACGAAAAGCCUUUUCAGCCUCUGAGUCAGGCCAAUGUAUAAACAAAACAGAAACAGAAAACUGAGAAUAUAUGCGGAAAACGCUGUUGAGGAAAUUAUAAACUAGAAUGUAUGGAUGAGACCGUAAAACAGUAAAAGGUGACUCAGAGGAUGAGAGCUCUAUAACACUUUUAUGCUGCAUUUAUACUCCAAGAGAGAAAAGCAAAUGACUGUAAAAGUCUCAUCCAUGAUUAAAGAGAAUUAACAAACCGAAAAAGUAUUAAAAUAAGAGUUGUUUGAAAUCGUAACAAACAAAGCGGAGAAUAAGGAGAAGCAAAGUAGUGACCUGAAAAUUCAAAGAAUUUGUCAACUUACCGUGGAGCACGUGAAUUUCGAAAGCAGGUAGCCGUUGGCUAGGGGAAUAGGCGUUGCCAAACAUGUUUACUGUGGCGGCGAAGAUCAGGGCGAAGGUCGAGAAAGUCAUAAGCGAUGGGUUGUCAUUGAUGAGCAAAACAAUGGCACUGCACGUGCAAUUUCCUUUUUCUACAUUUCUUUGGCGCUCGAUGCAAAACAGUAGCGUUUAAUAAUUAGAUGGUUUUUGUAGAGAAAGUGAAAAAAAACAGGAUUUAUUUUCCUUUCUCCGUGAACUCGAUGACCUCUACCGACCAAAAACAAAGCAAAAUGAAACAAUUUCAGUGAAUUUUAAAAAAUUGUGAAUUAUUUUUUUCUUCUUUUAAGCCCGGUUUCCAUAUGAUCGCUUAGGAAAAAAGUGCGGCGAUCGGGGCGAUCAUAUGGAAACCACUUUCCAGCAAUAGUAGCGAUCGCAGCGACAGCGAUCAAUGAGAUAGAACUUGAUCGUUGUCGCUGCGAUCGCUGGAGAGUGGUUUUCAUAUGAUCGAUGCGAUCGCUGAACUUUUUUUUCUCAGCGAUCGCAGCGAUCACAACGAUUGUAGCGAUCAUUUGGAAAACGGGCUUAAGCUUCUUCAUAAACAACUGAUAUUUUUUCUUAUGGUUUCAAGCUUCACCACCUCAGUCUGCACUCCUGGCCUUAAGACGAGUUUCGGCUUCCCGUGUGAUCCCGUUCAAAGAGGUUGGACACGAAAUAGCAGCAAUGGUUAAUGAGCCACGGAAUGUGUACCCUAGGGAUACCCUCCAGCGGGAAAGACUUGUCCUCUUCAAAAGUGAUACUGGUAAAUGCUUUUCUGUUUGCUAGCCGUGGUUCCCGUUUACACUAGCUCCUGAAAUGUUUAAGUUUUGUCUGAUAAACUUGCCUCCAAGAAUUGUGUUUUUGGUUAAGAAAGUUAAAUUACUGAUCAAUUGGAACUACCGGUACUAUACCAAACGUGUGUUACAUAUUUUCUUCCCCUUUUUUGGGUGCAGACGUAAGUGUGUCGGAUGAACUCAGUUUGCCUACGCUAGUUGCGCUGACUGCAGACAAGUUGGCCGGCGGCCCUCUCCGUGAAUACCUAGAGAAAACCCAGCAAGAUCAAGCGCUUAGCAGCCUUCAGUUCUGGGAAGACGCUCAGCGGUAUUUAUCACCGUCAGAGGAUUUUGGCAGUUACAACAAAUAUCACUCAGCAAAAACGCUUAUUGCGACCUAUAUCGCCCCAGGAUCUCCGCGGCAAAUAGAAAUGGGCAUGCGUGUUAGGGAUGAUUUGAUGCGGCUUCUCCCCGAAGAGAAGGGGGAUCAUUUGUUGUCCAGUUUCGUGAAGAAAUCAGUACAGGUAAUCUUUUGCGCAUGCUUUUGUUAGUUUGGUUGGUUCCGUAGUGUAACACUGGUGAUUCUUACAAGCGUUGACCUUGAAUAUAGAAAACUAACGUGGGCCAUUUAGUUUUAACACUUCCUAAAUAAAACCUACGAGAUUCACUGGUGGGCCGAGAAUUUUGAUUCAGGUUCAGGCGCUCACUUGAGAUACAUUGAGAUAGUUAAGAUACCGUAAAAUUCCGAAAUUAAGCCCAGGGGCUUAUAUUUUUCAAAGGCCCUUUUUGAGGGGCUUAUUUUUGGAGGGGCUUAUGUACGGAGAGAAAUUUGCGUGUCAAAAUCGAUAGGGCUAGCCUUAUAGUUGGAAGUAAAUUUAAAGUUUUUGCUUUGUUGUACUUUGUAUUUGCGGGCAAUUUUCCAAGUACAAGCCCCCGGGGGGGCUUAUAUUUGGAGGAGCGAUUUAACGGAGGGUUUUUUGCGUUACCGGUUUGGGGGGCUUAUAUUUGGAGAGGCUUAUACAUAGAGGGGCUUAUUUUCGGAAUUUUACGGUGAAUUGUUGAAAGGGUAUCUUGGGAUAGGAAUAGGGAGGGGUUCUCACGACCCGCCCCUAGUUUAACGGUUUCUGAUAUGAAGAAUGAUGCCGUAGUAUAUAUUAUAAUAAGACCUGGAUUAAGUCGAUUCGAAGCUGUAUCAAAGCCUCACAGAAUUGUUUGGAAAAACAAUGCACUAACAAAAUUAACAAUGGAAACCCAGCCCUAAAAUAAAAGAGCUGCGACAUAUAGGGGUCCAAUCAAAUAAGAUCACACCUUUUAAGACUGGGUGCGUGGGUACUGCCUCGUUCUAUUAUUUAUUACUGUAACGACGCACAAACAAACUAAUGACAGCGUAUUCUUCGUUCGUCAGUAUUUUAGCCUGUGUAGCAGGCGCUUGGAGGUAGUGGGCACAAGAAAAAAAGAGCGCGCGAGAAGGAGACACGCGUGUCUCCCUCGCAGGCGCCCGUUCUCUCUUUCGGCCACUAGUUCCGAGCGCCUGCUACGCCGGCUAUCGGUAUUUUUGCUUUUUUUACAGGCAGUCGCCUUACAGUGGUCUGAGUAUGUUCGUUCUGACGAGGACCAUUUUAUCAGCAGCGUGGUAUGGUUAAAAUUACAGUAAGCCCGGAGUUGUAAAUCGAUAAAAAUCGGUAUCGAUUUUUAAAUCGAUAAAAAUGGAUAAAUCUGAUUUGAUUGAUAUCGAUUGUAUCGAUCAAUCGGUAGAAAUCGAUGACACAUUCGCUUCUUUUAUCGGUUUAUCUAGAUUUAACCGAUUCCAUCGAUUUUUAUCGGAAGAGACAUCUGUUCUUCUGUUCAUCCAAAAAUGAAAACUGAUUUCAUGCAAGCAGUGUAUUUGUUGACAAGUGAGUUGCAAUUGAGAGUCGAAGGAUCAAAUAAUUUAUUAUCACUUUUUUCAAAACCCUUAACUUUUCUUUAAAACCCGCUUUAAAGUCUUCUUCGGAUGGCCGACAUUGGCCACGUUUUUUGUUUUUCCCAGUUUUUCACGAUUUAGAUCAAAAUAACCUUAGUUCAACGUGUAGUUACUUCCCGCAGAAGCCAAUAGAUAAAAAUCGAAAUCGAUAAAAAUCGUUGGCGAUCAAGUGAUUUUAUCGAUUGUUAACGGAAAAUAGUGAAAAGCUAUCCAGAGAAAUCUUUUAGUCUGAAUUUUGGGCAUCCCUUCUACUCCAGAGGAUGUCUGAAAUUCAGGCUGGGAAAUCUUUUAUCUAAGGUUGUACUUCUCGUGGUACUUGCCUGCGAGAACUGUAAAUGUAUUUAAACCGAACCGUUUCUGUUAUUAUGUACAAAAGGGUCACGGUUUUUAGAGAAAAUCUUGUGUCUGUAAUAGUUUCCACAUUUCUUCUUUUCAUGUUUGUUGAUCAGUUGUUACUCGUGGAUGUGUUUUCUCAGCUGUGCUAUUUAACUGAUGCCAAAAACAACAGUGUCGGACUUACCGUUACAAAUCGUUAAAAUAAUGAAAAAUCGAUAAUAUCGAUUUGAUACAGCAAUGUAGUUUAUCUAUUUUCACCGAUUUUUGUUAUCAAUCGAUAAAAAUCACUUGAUUGCUAUCGAUUUUUAUCGAUUGACUAUUCCGGGCAGUAAGGCUCAUAAAAGUAACGCAAUCGUUUUUCAAAUUCUGGAGGUUUUGGAAUUUUUUUAUUGGCGACAUUCCAAACAAUAAAUUUUAAGAAAUGUGAUGACGACCAUGACAAAGACAUUGAGAGUAAUGAUGAGACUAAAGCUGAAGAUGACUAUGUUGUGAUGGUAACAAAUCUUGACUAAUUUUUUUUCGGAGAAAUAAAGACAAUCAGAUAAUCAAUUGCCAUGGUUUAGUGAAGCAGUCUGCAAAACAUUUGCCCCUGAGGUUUUUCCCCUUGGAAUAUCAGGUUUGGCUUAGCCUUUAUAACGCCUUUACUUAAAGGACAUACUACGAGUGUGAGUAAGGCAUAUCUGUCCGGCUUGUAGUGGACAAUGCCCCAGGGACUUUUAUUAAUUAAGCGAGAAAGUGGCUGAUUAAGGGAACCAUUUUCUCCUACUGGAGACGAGAUCGGCAUCGCCAUUUUACGUGGUCAUCCGAGCCACGCGAAAGUCUAGCCGUUUGCCGGGUAAAGACCGAGUAACUUCGUCAUUGCUCAGUUGUUUUCAGACGCUGAGUAUUGGUUCUGCUCCGGGGAUCGAGCUCGCGACCUGCUUCUCUGCAGUCAAGCGCUCUACCGACUGAGCUACUAAGUCCUGCUGCCGUUUGUUGAAUUUUCAUAGGGAAUUCGAAGAAAGAGUGCUUCCAAGAAGAAAUAUAUCAGCAGCGUAACAAAACCAGGAUGCUCCGCUCUUCAAAAGUGGUGCGCUUUAAAACUAGCAGUCAGUCUCGGUGUUUCCGGUAAGUUAGGGUAUGGACAUCAAAACUGUUGUUCAUUGUGAUCGUUCCCCUUUACAAAACAGAGUCACUGUAAAACUGAAUUUAAAAUGUAAAUGUCAUUCUAGCCAAAUUUAUGAUAACCGCACCAGCUGGCAAGUCGAGGCCAACCAGCUUAACGUGACUUAUAAUAAAGGGGCCAAUGGCUAAUCGUAAAGAAAUUCAGCUCUUACCCGUAAGCCUUCCAAGGUGACUCUCUUCUUGACUCCUAAUUAGGAAAGAAAUAUUCGUCUAUCACAAAGACACUGUCAUCUUAGUCAUCUCUAGCUUUGCGCCUGCCAAAUGACCGAGGCAGCUUGAGAUUUAAGCCAGCCACAAGCAGAGAAUUCAAAGCCAAAUCCCCCCUGACCUGACAAUAGCACACAUGGGAAGUUAGCUGAGGGCCUGAUCUUGACGAUGGGACCGACCAAGACGUUAAGUGCCCUGUGAAACUGAUUCUCACGGCAGUCACCAGAUCGCCAAGUUUCUGUGCGAAUAUUCUGGGUCAUUUUCAAGCAUGUUUACAAAAAUUCGGCUAGAAUUUUUAUAGCCGAAAUAACUAAUUGUUGCCUUCCUUCAGGUUUUUCUCUUGGACAAGGUGACGAGGAUGAAGACGAGAGUGAGGCGGUCGGCAAUGACUUUGUGAUUCCAAGUUUGAGAGACUAUGAGAAAGAAAAGGAGAUAUUGAAUGCAAGGAGCAAAAGACCCUCGCAUUUCUAUGGACACUUGACAAGGCAGGAUGAUGACGCGUCUGAGGGAAAUAAGAAGUUGACUGGAAUUAAGAUGAGACCCCCGAAACCAAGGUGAGGGGGGAGUGAUAAUGAUUACUGGGGGAAGGGUCGGUAAAAUACCGAAAAAAAGGGGCACAAAAAUGUUUUCUCCCUCAAAAUUCAACCCCCCCCCACAAAAAAAAAAUUCCAAAAAAAAUUAUGAACCCCCCCCCCACACACACACACACACACACAGCUGAGGUGGCUUUUGAUGCAUGGCUUAUAUAACAAGGAAUAUUACAUUUGAAAUGCACUAAAUGACUUCAAAAUAGGGGGCUUAGUAACCGGGGCGAAAUGACCGGUUACCCUAUUCCUGCUGCGAUUUCGUUUCAGAUGCUUCAUCGAUGUCAUCUACGACUCCCUUCAGCUGAUGUGGUUCAAGCGAUUUUUAACCGAGAAGCAGUGUGAAGCUCCUUUACUGUUUUGGCAGGCAGUAGAAAAUAUGAAAAUGAACUGUAAAGACGGCAAGGCUCGGCAGGCUAGAGCAAUGACAAUUGUUAAAAAGUACUUCACCAACAUACCAACCACAGCCGGUAGGUUAUUACACUUCAUAAAAUAAUUAAGAUAGUACUCGCGUUCUGAUUGGUUAAAAACCUAUGGUUUAUUGUGUCGGUAAACUCAUAGUUUUACUUAAAGUUACUUUAUAAAAGCCAUAGACCACACUUUCUAUGGGUUUACGGGCGUGAUAACUCACGCGGGAUGUUGGGAGAACACGAGAAAAGCUUGUAAAUUACUCGCAUUCGGCUUGUGAUUUACAAGCUUUUCUCGUGUUCUCCGAACAUCCCACGUGGGUUAUCACGCGCGUAAACCCAUAGAAAAUGUGGUCUAUUGCUUAAGAAUGGAGCCUUACCUGCCAAAGGAAGUAGGUAACGUGCUUCAAUGGCUAGUGAACUGGACUGGCUUUUAAUCAGGAGAAACGGAAUUUUACAUAAAUAAUCUAGCUCCGAUUGUUUCACGGUAGAACCAAGUACAACUCUUCAGCUCGCGCUUGUAAAAAGCUACAAUCUUGGAUGUUGCUAUGUCUAGUUUUAAGACAAAGCUCCUUAAAGCACUGGCAAUUACAAAUACUUUCCUCUUCCCCCAAAAAACAACGUUGAAGUCCGGCUGGAUCAUUUCCGCCCCUCACUGAACAACCUUGCCCAGGGUUGGGUGAUGGAAGGGGUCAUCAGAGAAGCACCAAAUCGUUGGUAGAGGCGUUUUGAGUGUGCCCAAGAUUGUAGUUUUUUUCGCAUUAUUCUGCAAAUUAGGUUUUAAAUUUUUUUGUUCAUAUUAGACAUAUCAACGUUUUUGGUUCCGGUGCCCAGAAGCUCUUCUGUACUAACCUUUGAGGUAUCACUACGGACCAAGGGGAAAUAGUUAUUACCUUUUCGCUCAACGGGACUGCAUUCCAGGCGAUGACCCAUACUAGCCAUUUGGAACCGUUUCAUUAACAGAUACCCCCACAAGAGGGACAUGCCUUUGUUUAAUGAGUCCCCCGCUGGUGCUUCUAGCAAGGUACAGAACUAUUCCCCCAUGGUGUACAGAUGAACGUGAAAGUACUUUUGCCAUAAUUGAGACCAAACAGUCAUCCUGUUUUUGUUUUUAUAUGUUUGCAUUUUAGUCGAAUACUUACAGUGCAAAGCUGAAAUCAUCAGGGAUAUUCCGCUUCUAGACAAGGCCACCCCUCCGAUGCUUGUCUCAGCCCAGGCCUGCGUAGCCCGUUCCAUGGAGGAAAACUGGUAAGGAUCUGCGACAGCCUCCUCCUCAGGCACUUCGUUUUUCGCAUGGUAGAGGCGAGCGCGAAACGCGAGUGACUGGUGAUGAACAGCAAGGGACCAUGGGAAGGGUACAGACGGGAGGUUUAGCGCCGUCUCGCCCGUUGUCGCCUUCCCGCCUUCUUUUGUGCGCCAAUUUUCAUCGAAAGAGAGAAGUCUGGGUACGAAGCAGAUUCUGCGGUGAAAGUAACUGGGAGGCUGAAGGCCAAAACCAAAAAUUAACGAACAGAAUUCUUUUUAACCCUAAUGAGAUCAGGAUGUGCUUUAUACUGUGGAUCGUUCUUCUGCGGAUGGAAAUUUUGCAUUUUUUUUUGCUUUUUUUGCCAUGUUGAAGAUCUCUUAUCAAAAGGGGAAAAAAAAUUUCAAACUCUCUCCUCGCCUAUGUGUUGUCUAAUCUGUUGAUCUGUAUGAUAUACGAAAUCGUUCCAAACUAGUAUUGUUUUCAGAGAAACCUUAACGCCCUUACUGGAAAUCCACGUACUUUCGAUAAGCCCUGUUUUGGGGUUUUCGGGCAGUGAAAGCUUGUAAAAUCAGUUUAUCAAUCGCUUCUGUGCUUUUCUGGUAAAACCGAAUUUUUUUGUGAUGCCUUUCCAUGUCAGGUACGCUGAGUAUCUGGCAACGUUCCCUGAAGAUGAAGGUGAAGGAGAAAAUUUUGCAAACUACGCCAUGAGAAAUACACUGGCGGGAGUUUACAAGAUGGCUGCUCAUGGAAAAACGGUGAGGAGCGCUGACGUUUAUUCGCCAGUGUGCUUUUUGUUUGUUCUAAUGUUCUGUUUGUGAAUUCUCUUUCUCUAGAAAGGACUGUGGGCCAUGUUCGCUCACAAUGUCAUGUGUUUCCAGCGAGGGAUCCAUAAUUCGGAGUCCUUACAAGAGUUUAAACAGUUUCUGAGAAAGGAGUGCAAAGCAACAGUGGAGCAUAGUAAGUAAAGAGUUUGGCCAGAUUCGAGAUUUUAUCGGUCUUGUACUUGUUCUUUUACUUAAAUAUGAUUACUGUCACCAGAUAUGUAAUUGAAUAGAAUCAAACAAUAAACUGAUCGCUUAUAUUUAAGGCAUUAAACACGCUGCUAAACCUAUUUAGUGCCAGAAAACUUGAAUCAAUUUAAAUGCACUGCAUGAAUCUUGUUUGCUUCCACUCGUGAAGAUAAAAGGGUGUGGACUACAUAUACUUGAGGACUAUGAGAUUUAAUUAUGCUCGCACGCUUAGUGACACAGAUUUCCAAAUCUCGUACUCGUGCACGUCGUCCAUAAUAACAUCUUUUAACCACAUGAGUAAGCGUCUUUUACAAUAAAAUUAUCUGAUCGGAUUUGAAUGUUUGUUUUUGGCCCAAGGAAUUUGAGUUGACGUAGAAACUUUUCUAGUGACAAAUCAAACACGAGUCGUAGUGUUUCAUCACUUAUCAAACACCAAAAAUAGAAUGGAAAAUACGACCGAAAGUGGAGCCUCGUAUUUACGAAUUUAAAGUGUUUCUCGGAAUGGGUACAACGUUUCCGCGCAACAAUUUCUGAGAUCUCUUGGGUGGACAAGUGUUGGUUAUGAUUGGUCAAUGGUAUCCAUGGCAACCAUUGUUCAGCGUUGCACCGAAAGCUUGUACCCAUUCCCCUGAAAGCUUACUGAUUUUGUUUGUAUCUGGUAUUAGACCUGCGUCGUCACGCACUGCACCCGACACGGCGAGUGAUCAACAGCAAGUUCGUGAACACUGACCGUUUAAUCAGUGACAUAGAGUUCUGGAUGGAAGUAGAAAGGUUCAAAUAUCAGGCUGAAAACGCCGCCGAGUGUGCAAGGUCGGGAAACUACACUCUGGAAGAUGAAAAUUUACUAUUGGAAAAGGCCAGGACAAUUGUCAAGUGUUACAUUGAUUCAGAUAUCCCCCCACGACUUCAGGUUUGUUAACUGUCUUUGAAUCAGGACAUUUUUGGUUAUUUGUAAUUGCCCGCUCCCUGAAAGAACGAUUAACGCUAAUCCAGGAAAAGAAUUUUAAUCUGCGAUUGUAAUUACUCUCCUUUAAAACAAAACUGAAUGCAACGCUGGCAAUACGGCAAUUGAGGCCAAUAUUUCGGCUAACAAAAUUAAUAGUAAUUACAAUAAUAACUUUAUUUAUAUAGCGCUUAUAUCCUGAACUCAAGGCGCUUUACUAUGCAACAAAAACGGGAAAAAAUGAAAUAAUUUACAUAUCACAAGCAUGGAAUAAAAAAAUAUUAAAAAUCUAUUUACAAUCCACACAUUACAGGUCUUAAAAUCAUUUUACAAAAACAAUGACCCACUCUCUAAAAAUUGCGUAAAAAGAUAUGUUUUCAGUCCUUUCUUAAAACCAGUUAACGAUGGUGACUUACGCAGUUUAAGGGCACACACUGAAAAAGCCUUGUGCCCGUAAGUUUUCGUGAAUGAUCGAAGUUGUUCUAACAGCUGCUCAGAUGCGGACCGUAAGGGCCUGGAAUGCGAUUGAUGACUAAGUCUGUCCGCCAGAUAGCCUGGUGAAAGGUUAUUAAGUGAUUUGAAAACUUGCAAAAGAAUUUUAAAAACAAUACGUUAACUAACAGGAAGCCAGGUCAAAUUAAACAGGCGUAAUGUGAUCAAAUUUACGAGUCUGAGUAACGAUUCUGGCGGCAGUGUUCUGACAGUAUUGAAGCUUCUUCAACUGCACUUUCCUACAAUCGUAGAGCAAGGAAUUGCAAUAGACUAGUUUAGACGUUAUAAAAACAUGCACAGCAAUUUCCCUAGACUCCUGUGUGAGAUAUUUUGUUAUCUUUGAUAAGUUCCUAAGCUGGUUUAACGAUGAUCUGCAAAUGUCUGAGACGUGCACGUCGAAUAACAUGUUGUCAUCAAGUACUACUUCCAGACUCCUGGCAUUGGCGGUGUUGUCAGCUUCUCAUUACCAUACUGAAGUAGCUGAAAAGUGGACGAGUAUGGUACUUCGAGUAAACAAGCAUAAUUUUUGUCUUGUCGUGAUUGAGUUUCAGCUCGUUUACGUCCAUCCACUGACAUAUAUCAGCGACACAGUUCUCUACACGCAGCUUUGCAACAUCGACAUCACAAUCUUUGAACGAUAUGUAGAGCUGAGUAUCAUCAGCAUAGAAAUGAUAGUCGACUCCAUGACUUCGUAUUAUCUCAGCAAGUGGUGCGAUGUACAACAGAUACAAAAUGGGACCUAGGACAGAGCCCUGCGGCACGUCUACCAUCCGAUCUCUAACCGACGUUUUUGUAUCAUUCAUUUCGACAAACGGAGAUCGGCCAGACAGAGAAGAAUGAAACCACUGCAGAACAGUUCCCGUGAUCCCUUCAGCCAAACGAGUUCUCCAGACGCGAAAGUAGCAAAGAAUGAUUAACCUUGUAAAAUGCUGCUGACAAGUCCAAUAACAAUAGGGGCACAUUGUCCCCCCCCCGUUCAGUGACAGUAAGAUGUCAUUUGUGAUCGUUAGCAGUGCGGUCUCUGUACUGUGGUUCGCUUCACCUUGUACGCAGAUUGAAAACGUUCGUGCAAACCAUUAACCAUAAGCGUUCGAAAAGGCCAGAACUACUCUGAAAGAGGCCGUCACAGUAUUCUUUUUCAUCGUAGCUCUGGCCCUGAGGAACGCUCAUUUUGUUAGCCGAAAUAUUGGCCUCAAGUAAAUCAGCCCUUUGCUGUAUAGCCAUCCUUGCAUACAGUUUUGUUUUAAUUCUCACUUCUUCAAGUGACGUCUGGCAUUAGCAUCUCUACCUUAGAGAGGAUUAAAUAUCCGGCAAGAAGGAACCAAUCGGUUUUAUUAACGCGUUGAGUGGACCUCUACAUUCAAGAAGGGUUUUUACCCUUCUAUAUAUUUCUCAGAUUAACAUUUUGUGUUAUCAGUCCUUGCUUUCGGAGAGAAAGCUCAUAAAUUUUUCGUAAGCUCCAGUUGCAUGUUCCUAGUCAAGAACUCCGCACAAAAAUUGGCUUAAGCCCGGAUUAAACUCAACCAUGUUUCGAUGCAAGGGACUUAGGACAACUGGCACACGUGAGCCUUCUCGCAGGCUAAAAUCAACGAGGAUGGACUCAUCUUUGCUUCCAAGUGUAUACUCCCAUAGCGUCUUGUUGUUAGUACUCCACUCAAUCACAUUUGCAUUUUUUUGCAAAAUAGAUAGGACAGGACCGUAGCUAGCACUGGGUAAAAUGUGACUCUUGAGGUAUACGUCAUUUGUAUAGCUGCCGUGUUUGUUUAAACCAUAUUUAAAAUAUGUUUUGCAAUCAAUUCAAAACGUAACGCAAAAAUUAUCUCAAUAACGUUUAUUGCCUUGGGAGAUUGACUUGAUUUUCAUUUUCUUUAGAUAAACAUCCCUAAUGAUCUAGCAGAUAAUAUAAUUGGAUUGGUACAGAAUGGAAUAGUCGAAAGAGGACUGUUUCAUGAGGCUGCCCUGUCCGUCUUCACUGUCCUUAUGUAUUUGUGGAAAAAGUAAGUCUUUGUUUACACGUUUAAUGAUGUUGUAGGUACAAAAGACUCAGGUAUAGGAGGUGAAUUUUUUUGGAGAUCACUGAUAGCUAAUACAAUUUUCAAAAACGUCUCUCAGUGGUUAUUUUCUGAAAGCCAUCGUAUUCAUUCAUGUACUUACCAGAACAAGCCAAGACGUAUUGUUCCAAAGGAUGAAGUGCGGUUCUUUUACUUUGAUUCUUGAAGGAUUGCAAAUAUAAUUUCUCUGCUUUUUGUUAAUUACUCUUACGCGUAAUUUGCACGCCUCCUUGUUUGGUUUACAGGUUUCUUUUAUAGAAAGACAAGUUUCCAAAUCACCUACGUCCUCAUAAACAGGCGUGGAAACCAAACGAGGAUCUUAUUUUCUCUCGAAGAUGCAAUAUCUAUAUUUUGUCACUGUCGUCUCAGCUUUUAUCCCGUUCUAGGCUAAAAAGCACCCUUUUUUAUCUGGGUGAGGCGGAGGAUAGAGCAUAGCCGGGCACAUUUAAAUGUAAUGUGUCAUGAUUAUACUGAUAUCAUUGUAAAUCAGUUUAUUUUCAUUUUUACUUCCGGUCCAGUCUACCAUCAAAAUUUCUGCUGGCAAGAGAACAGUCGGACCAUGUUUACCGGUUUUGGUGUAUUUCCUCUUAUUAUUAAACGCAGUUUAGUUUAAUGAGUUCUUCCGUUGUUAAUUUAUCGAGAAAGCCACAAUGUUCAGUCAUUACGCACAUGCGUGCUCCAAUCUUUCAGAAAGUCAUCAAUUCAGGUGAAUUUACUUCAACGGACUGAAAAUCCCCCUCCCCAUUUUUUGAAAUGUUAUUUUUUCCCAAUAUAGGUCAUGUGAUUCUACUUUAGGGCUACGUUCAGACGGUACCGGUCGAAUUUUCGACGGUUGAAAAAUUUUUGCGCAGUUCACACGAAACUUUCGAAUCAGGUUGAAUUUAUUUCAGCUUUUGUCAAAGGUUUUACCAUCUGCCUAUGCGCAAUGCGCUACUUCAGCAAAUCCCAGCUGAGUAACCACGCAUCCAUGCAACCACGCCUUUGCCGUACAAACAUUUAGCCGGUUACGGUGUUCACACCUUGCCGUUCCAAUUUUCCACCGCACCCGUCAAAACUUUGACCUCAAGUUUUCGAUUCCGUGGUUCCGUGUGAAAGGAACGGAUCAACUUUUAGGUUUCUGGAAAACUGCCCACCUACCCCUCCCCUAACCCAACAUUUUGCCCUAGUGAGAAGUAAGUAUUAAUGUUGACUAAGGGAGGGAUAGGUGGGCAGUUUCCCCAAAGACCAAAAUUGAUCCAGGGGAACACCUAAACGUACGAAUUUUCGACCAGUAUCAUGUAAACUUAGCUUUGAGUACUGUUUCAUUCAAAUUUCAUCUUAUUCCCGUGCAUAUGUGCGCAUGAUUUAUGAAAACAUAACGGGUCAAAUUGCCCUCAGACCUUCAUUGAGGAAACAAAACAUACAAGCUAAAGAGGUCUAUAGGCCUUCGCGUGUAUUUCAAAUCUCAUCUCCCGUACAUUUUGAUACUGCCUUAGGUUCUCGGCCGAGCGCACUUCGAAACUGGAGGAAGAAGUUCAGCCUCCCAGCACAGACAAACGGGCCAACUCAGUAAAACGAAUCAUGUCGGCGAUUGAUGGAAUACCUUAUCGGAAAGUCUACGUAACAAAUGGUAAGCAA